UACCCGUAGCCUUGGGCAUGGCUUCCAGAAAUGACAGCAGCAGCUUUGGCGUCAUUUGCAAUCCAGUUUCCUGCCCUGAAGUGGAUCAGCCUCGGUCAAGCUACCUCCCACCCUCAGAACAGUCAAGGGGCCUUUCUUCUUGUCUCAAUUCUGCAGAGUGGCCAUUGAGGCGUUAUGGCCGGUUCAUGCCUGGAGGUUUGGACCCUGCUUCCGGUUCCUGGAAGGUUUUGGAGUCAAAUGAAGAAUCUGGCUUUCUUGUACUCACCAUAGUAAUUUCAGGACAUUUCUUCAUUUCCAGAGGAAAGGAUGUACUGGAAGGCUUUUCAUUAAUUGAUGCUUCUCAGUGGCUGAAGAUAGCAAGAAAUGCAGAUUGCAUGUUGUUUGGUUCAAAGGCAAAGGACAAACAUCGUAUGUUUCGUAUUCAAUUUAUGGGAGACUCCAAAUCGCAGGCAGAAGGUUACUGCGAUGACUGUGUGCAGAAACUUGCUGACUAUGUUCCAGUUCAAGUAAUAGAUUCAGCAAGACAGGAGCUGCUUCAAGGCCACAGCCUGCUACUUGAGGAUCAAACUCAUCAGCAAGAUGCUGAAAAUAAUAUACCAAUCCCUCACUUGGUUGAAAAUCCCCCUCCAGUAAAGGGAAGAAUAUCUGUGGCAGAGUUGGCACAGUAUAUGAUGUCAUCAAAUACUGAGCUGCCUCUUGCAUAUCGACACUCCACUUGGAAUGCUGAAGAUUUAAGCAGCUUUAUUCGACUGUGUCUCUUGGAUCAGAGCUUCCCAGCAUUUGUGGAAGAAGUGGAGAAACAGCUGAAAAAAAUUACAGACGGUUAGGAAGCAAAGUGUUGAAAUGUAUUAAAAAUAAGCAAGUUCAUUACAAUUUGUUUAUUAAAAUAAAGAAUUCCAAACUCAA